GGGCAGGCUAGUAAAAAAAAGACUUACCAUUGUCAACAUAGUAAACGAAUGUUGUUGAUAUUCUGUAGCAUAGUAUAAUAUUAGUUAAGCUUCACAUGCCCCCAGAAUAAAAUUUCUAUCAUAAGAUUGUUAUUGUUUAUAAAUCUUAAAUUCAAAAUAUGUUUGAAGAAAAAUCAAAUCCCAUACGAAACUCCUUAACGCUUUUUCAGCAAUUUCUCAUUUUUGACUACAUUUGUCUGUUUAUUAUAAUCUGGCCCCUUGGAUCUCUUUUUUUAUUUUUUAUUUUUUCAAUAUUCGAUAGAUAAGUUUUAAAACCAUGACUCGUUGUAGUGCAUGUAAUAUUGUUUUAACCAGCACUGAUGCGCUCCGGUCCCACUACAAUUCCGAGGCCCACAUCCUCAACGUGGGCCGCCGGGUGGAGGGGCUCCGCCCGCUGUCCCACCAGGAGCUCCGCAGCACGGGUGUCCUCAACAGCCAUAAAGACAGUGCUCUGGACAGUGAGGACGGGCCCCCUCUUUUCUCCUGUACGCUCUGCAAGAAGUCCUUUCACUGCGUUCAGACGCUGCAGGCGCACGUUCGCUCAACCGCGCAUUUGAUGCUCAAGGAGCAGCACAUCCUCGCGCGCGACUCCGAGGCCGCGAGUAUGCUCACCAGCACCUCUCUUGGGAGCGCGGCAAUGGGCCUGCACCGUCGGCAUCACGCCAAACGCGCCGCCCUGCGCCGGCUUGCCCAGGAAGUGGCCGGGAAAGCCAAAUAUCACCCCAAAGUCACGCCGGAAGACCGCGAAAAGGACGUGGAUGAAAGCCGAUGCUUCCUCUGUGGGUAUCUUUCACCGGAUAGUGUUGAGAAUGUGGGGCAUUUGCAGAAGAUUCACAAUUUUUUUAUUCCAAUGCAGCCACACUGCCAGGAUGUGGAUGGGCUUUUGGGGUAUUUAUCACGUAAGGUAAACGGCCUGGUGUGCCUGGUUUGCAAUGAAAAGACGCGAUCCUUCGCGUCGUUAAGCGCCCUACGCGAUCACAUGCGAGAGUCUGAUCACGAGAAAAUUCUUCUAGGGCCUGAAUAUCAGGAAUUUUAUAGCUGUUCACUCGAGGAUCCGAAUUCGGGACCACCCUCAGUAUUAAAUACAGCGCAAUGCGGGCAAAUUGUUUUGGUAAACAACGAAGACAAUCGGGAAGGAGGAAAGAAGAAGAAGCGAAUUUUGCUGAAACGCGAGGCGGAUGUUCCUCAUCCCCGCCCUCGCGAGGCUGCGGAGGAGACCGAGCAGCGGCGGAUGAUUUUAGCAUCCAAACAUGAGGAGAUGGCCCUCGCAAAGAAAGAAUAUCACGAAUUAGCAGCUAUGCAGGAAAGACAAGAUGCUAAGACCCUCAAGCAAUCUGAGGGAGAUUUUAAAAAACACCAACUUAGGGUUAAUCAGCGCAGCAAUAAACUUCAUCCAAAGGGCUACGAUGGGGAAGGGAAGCUGAACUAA